CUUAAAAAGAAUUCUUUCUAAAUAGUAUUAGGUCAUUCUAAUGCUGCACUUCAGUUGUCAUUUGCUUGGCUCAUGGCUUCGGAAAAGGAGGCUGCUCUUGCUGCCGCUCCCUCAGAUUCUCCCACCAUAUUCGACAAGAUCAUCAACAAGCAAAUACCGGCCAACAUCGUCUAUGAGGAUGAGCAGGUUCUGGCUUUCAGGGACAUAGCUCCACAAGCGCCUACUCACAUCCUCAUUAUCCCUAAACUCAGGGAUGGAUUGAUUGGAAUAUCCACGGCUGAGGAGAGGCAUUGUGAGAUUCUUGGCCGUCUUCUAUACACAGCGAAGCUUGUGGCAAAACAGGAAGGCCUUAAGGAUGGCUUCAGAAUUGUGAUUAACGACGGACCUAAUGGAUGUCAAUCGGUGUAUCACCUGCACAUUCAUCUUCUUGGCGGACGACAAAUGAACUGGCCUCCGGGCUAAGCCGGAUGUAAGAACAACGAGUUGGUGUAAUCAUCUCCACUUUCAAUCCUUGGCUGCACUUUUGUCUCAACUGUGGGAACAUAAAUAAGUUUAUUAAGGUGACUGCUUCUUACAAUUGAAGUAGAUAAAACCUUGCACUUUCCUAAAGAUAUUUGUGUUAUGCCUAAAUCUAGUGUCAUUUCUUGAUGA